AUGUCUUCUAUAGAAACUUAAUAGGAAUUAUGCAAAUUUUUUAUAUUAGUAGUAAAUGGAAUGAGGUAUAUAUAAUAAUAUAGUUAGAGACGAUUAGAAAAGUGUUUAGAAUUCAUUUAAGAAAUUACAGAUAAUAAAUAUAUACCUCCUUUCUUUAAAAAUUCAGUUUGUAGAAUAGAGUAGCUUUAAGUUUACUUACAAUCUUAUGGGAUAGAUACAUAAAUUUAUGAAUUAAAAGACUUGAUUGGAAGACUAGGAGGAUUUGAAGAUAGAUUAUUAUUUAGUCAAUUUUAGGAUAGAUAUUUGAGAUAAUCUGGUAAUAUUGAGAAAAAAGAAGCAGAAAUAUCAUUUUUAAGAUUACUCUAUGAAGAAAUUUAAUUAGAAAGAUAGUUGGAUGAUCAAAGAGUAAGAAUUUUUAAAAGAUGGGAUUAUAAUUUAGAUAUACUUUAUAAUAAAUUAUCUUCUGGAAGCAAUUCUGUAGAUUUUAAUAAGAUGAAAAAAUUUUUUGUACGUAUUAGAUAGAAUUUGAUUGAUGAAGAAAUAAAAAUAUUAUUAAAAAGAGUAGGUAAUGGAGAUGGUACUAUAAUGAGUUUAGAUGAUUUUAGAUAGGCUUUAAAAACACAAAAAUAAAGAGCUAUGGAUAAGAUUUAAAUUCCUAUGAUGAAAACUAGUAUUGUAUUUAAUAAAUAAAUCAAUAAUACAAGUUAUAUGGAUAGAUUAAGAAGAAGAUAUAAACCUCUUUAAACAACAUAAUCUUUUAUUUAAAAAGAUGGUUGUCAAACUCCAAGAGCUAAAACACCAACACCUUGUCAUAAUACAGAGUUAAAACAAACAAGAACUAAAACACCUAAUUAAUUAACAGAAUAAAAAGUAUAUAUCAAUGAAAGUAAAGAAAUUAAUACAUUAAUGUCUAUAUACUUAAAUUAAUAAAGAUGCUUAUAGAAUGUAUUGAUGUAAUUAGAUGAAGUUACACUUUUAAAAUCUCUGAAUUCAAUUGAUUGGCAUAAAGAAUGGUAAACCUUUAGUGUUAAUUCAUAAGGUAUAACUUAUGAACAUUUUAUUAAUAUUCUAACAUAUUAUGAUUAGAGAAAGCCAUUUAAAGACAAGAUUAACAUUAUAGAUUUACCAACUUCUGCUCUUACUGUAGCAGAUAAUCUUUUUUAAUUAUUAAGAGAUUAAGAAAAUCAAUUAUAAAAAUCGAGGCUUUAAUAUUCAAAAUAAGACUAAAUUAAUUCUUUAGAUAAAUAUUUUGUAAAAGGAUAUAUGGAUGUAUUAGAUAUUUUAUAGAUCUUAUAAAAAUGUACAAUAACUAAUGUCAGUUUAUAAGAUGCAGAAUUAAUAAUUGCCAGAUUUAAUCAAUUUAAUGGAAAUAAAUAAAUUACAAAAGAAGUAUUUCUAAAUACAAUUACUUGA